AUGAAAGACGCAGCCGGCUGCUGGGGAGUGGAUGGCACACCCAACCUGUCCCUGUACUGGUGCUGUACCGCCGAUGUACCUCUGAUGCAGUACAUGGAAGCUGUGGAGAGUGUGUUUGGGCGGCGGGGCGCCAUCACGCUGGGCUGGAUCCAGGGCAUCCUCAUCUUUGCCGGCGGCCAGCUGCUGCUUAGCCAGACGCCCAGCAUGGACGAGAGCUGGGUGGCCUCGGUGGUGGCCACGGCCAUGUCCUUUGGCUACUCCUCCAUCGCCCUCGGCCUCUCCAUCGGCAAAGUGGCAGACGGCAACGUGCACGGCACGCUGGGCGGGCGGGAGAGCAGCGACAAAGUGUGGGGCAUUUUCGGGGCGUUUGGCAACGUGAUCUUUGCCUAUGCCUUCUCCAUGAUCCUGAUUGAGAUUAUGGACACCGUGGCCGACGCCCCGCCCGGCUUUGGCGACAGCCAGUUCCUCGCCGCACCCAGCGCCAGCAGCGCCUCAACGCUGAAGGACCCCAACGCCAAGGACGGCAGCAGCCUGGCCAGCGGCGGCAGCGCCGCGUACGCCGGCCCGCUCCCCGGCGCCGCGCCCGCGCGGGACGACCGGCAGCGGUGGCAGGUGGUGCAAAUGCGCAAGGCAGUCAACUGGGCCAUGGUCAUAAUCACUUUCUUCUUUGUGUCGGUUGGAGUGUUUGGGUACCUGGCGUUUGGCGACGUGCCGUGCGGCACCGGCGGCAACGUGCUCACCUGCUACUCCUCCCCGCGCUGGCUGCUCAUCGCCGCCAACACGAUGGUGUACUCCCAGCCCGUGUUUUUCUUUGUUGAGGGCUGGAUCCGCCACAGCCCACGCUUCCCGGCCUAUGCCUCCUCCCGCGCCGCCGUCAUCUCCGGCCGCUGCUUCUACGUGGCCGUCGUGGCGGCGAUCAGCAUGAUGCUUCCUUUCUUCUCUGACAUGGUCGGACUGGUCGGCGCGCUCGGGUUCUGGCCGGCCACGGUUCUGUUCCCAAUCGAAAUGUACAUCCGUGUGUACAAGCCCAGCAGAAGGGCCUGGUGGCUGCUGGAGGCGCUCAACCUGCUGUGCCUGGUGCUGACAGUGUGCGCGGUGGCGGGCAGCGUGCAGCAGAUCGUCGUGGAUGCAAGCACUUACUCCUUCUUUGCAGACUGA